UGUGUGUGUGUGUGUGUGUGUGUGUGUGUGUUAUUUACAAAUGCUGGACAUUUUUCUCUUGUGUGUUUGUGGUCAUACCAAAGUUUUAACUGUUGGCAGUCCGUUGCCAAUACAGUCUGUGUCAAAUGUGUCCCGAUUCUAUAAUAAUGAAAUGUCAGGCUGAGCUAUGAUUGAUUGAUAUUCACAGUUUGUCUGGAAUAAUCAAACAAGCGUCUGGCUUAUUUUCUUAUCUGGCAAAUGCUGCAGGUAUAACCACCUCUUCACCCCUGUGCCAAGAACAUGACUCCUGUAUAUUUUUUUUUUAUUUGCGCAUCAUGAUCGUCUGAAGUUAUGAAAUUAAAUCAUAACUUCAGAAGUCCGUUGGAAAUGUUCAGACACGAGGAAUCUGUGAUCAGUGUUGUCUCCGGUGGCCACAUAAAUAUGAGUUUUGUUUCAUCAGUAGGACCUGCUGAUGAUGAGUUGUGGUAAUAUUCCUCAGUGCCUUGUGUAGGAAAGGACCACGUCUUCUCUUGAUGCUGCCUAAAGCUCCUCGGCUGUUGAAGAGAAGUCACAUUAAAUCAAGGCCGCUGCGUUCGCUCUUUUUCUGUCAUUGCAUUCCAUUUCAACACAAAAACAGAUAUGACUGCUUCUACUACAGAUAUGUACUCUUAUACAACAUCUUGUGUUUGUUUGUCUUUUUCUAUUCAGAGUGACGUGAAGUUCAGACAUCGUUGACAUGUCACACAUCAGCAGUUUGGAUCCGGCUGAAGUCAUGGAUGAAAGUUGGAAAAACUGCUUCGAAGAGGAGCUUCUGUGUCCCAUCUGCCUGAAUGUUUUUGAUGAGCCCAUCCAGCUGCCAUGCAAGCACAACUUCUGCAAGGGCUGCAUCUCUGAGGCCUGGGCCAAAGACAGCGCCGCGGUCCGCUGUCCCGAGUGCAACCACGACUACGAGCAGAAGCCCGCGCUGGAGAAGAACUUCAAGCUCGCCAACAUAGUGAAGCGCUUCAACUCGCUGAACACCGACAAAGUCCCCGCCGUGCUGCACUGUGUCCUCUGCAGACGAGGGCCCCCGCUGCCCGUGCGGAAAGUCUGCCUGCGCUGCAAGGAGCCCUGCUGCCAAACCCAUAUCCAGACGCACCUCCAGCAGCCGUGUGCGGCCCCGGGACACCUGCUCGUCGACGCCGAGGAGCUGAGCGCUUGGACCUGUCCCAGUCAUGAGGAGUACAGGCUGCUCCACUGUGAGGAGGAGCAGGUGGCUCUGUGUCCGUUCUGCUGCAUCUCUCACUGCACUAACCAAAGACACACAGUGUGCGAUGUGGACACGCAACGCAUACAAAUGCAGGCCAUGCUGAUGAGGCAGCAAGGCAGACUGGAUGGUCGUGUUCAGAACAUCGAUGAGCAGCUGACCAAGCUGGAGUCAGACAAGACCCUGAUGAAGGAUGCAGUGUCUGAACUGAAGGAGCGAGCGAGAGCCCAGUAUCAGAGGAUGCAUGCGCUGCUAGAAGCCAACCAGGCUGAAACCAUGCAGAUGCUGGAGAGCACCUACAACACGUAUGUGAGGAAAAACUCCCAGCAGGUCUUGCAGCUCAACGAGAAGCGCCAGGAAGCAGAAAAACUCCUGAGCUUCGUACAAACGUUCUUCAAAAGAGCAGACGGCAUUAACUUCAUGAAGAACACAAAACCGUAUCAGCUGCUAAUGGACAGGUCAAACACGCACCUGAGCAGUACUAUCCCUCCACUCCGAGUGGGCCAGCUCAAUUCUCAUCAUUUGCUGUCUGAACUUUCGACGAGAGAAAAGAACAUACGAAAGAUGCUGGAAGAACCGUUCAAUGAGGCGCCCAUUCUUGAGAUCGUCCAGUCACACAGCAGCUCUGCUGGCUCUCACAUGGGGACGGCUUCAGGACUACAGAAGAGGAAAUAUGGCAUGGCUUUCCUGGAGAGUAACAACUCCACCUCCCAGGAUCCUCCACCGUUGCUCUACAGCAGCAAAAAAACCUUCCUGGCUGAUCAGACCCAUCACGCCUCAUCCAUGUAUUCCUCUGAAGGCCUCUCCCAGAAUCCCCACGUUGGGCCCGGCCAUGGCCGACUCCUAGACACUGCAGCCCAUCACAUGGUGGGUCUAGGGUCCAGCAGCCACCACUCAGGGACCAUAUUCUCCCCCUCCCAUUACCCCGGUGGAGGUGCCUCGCAACAAGCCAUGUACGAAGGGAGGAAAGUACUGAUGUGCACUCUGAAUAACUGCUGCUGCUCCAGGGCCCCCGCUGCUCGUGCCCGGCCUCCGUACCCAGCGCCGGACUCCUUCCCCUCCAUGACCUCUCAGGAGUUUCCCCCACAUGCCCCGCUACCUACAAGCCAGCCGCUGCAGCAUUUUCCCAUGAGGGGAAUGAUGGAAGCCUCACAGACAGCCAGGCACCCUGACUUCUACGGGCUGUACGGCCAGUCUUCAACCAAGCAUUAUGGGACCAAGUAGUAAACCACAAUCAGCAUUUGUACCGUUCUCAUGAAAUCAGAAUUAUCAUCAAUUUCCAUGUUUGCUUUUUGUUACUUUCCGUUAUGGAGAGAUAUGUUAUCAGUUUGCGUCUCCAACCCGCCAUCAUGGUUAGAUUACUUUGACAUUUACUCGACCCCGUUUUGGGAAACCAUGCCCUGUUAAUGUCGGUAGCCCGGUUUACUUCUUGAAUCACAGUGGCGGUAGUCAUGCUGUAAUUUGACGACACGGUUGUAUUUUAUUUAUUUUCUGUUUCAAUUUGACUGGAAGUGCUAAUGUGAAUAAUGUAGUCUUAAAUCCUUUCAGGCAGUGAACAAAAUAAAUAACAUAUCCUUCAUCACGAGUCCUGACAUGGGACUCCAGAGACUUCAGUGCCUAAAAAGACUGUUAACACGCUCUUAUUGUACUUGCAAGUUCCUAGCUCUUGAUUAUUUCCUGUUUGCGGCCGAAAGCAUGCAGGGAGCCUCUCCAUGCACUCCAAAGUCCAUGUGGCUUUAGAAACACACUGGACUUCAAAUGCUUGUCAGGUUUUUCAUGAAUUUUUAUACAAGAUUAUGAAUAAACCAAAAUCAGUGGAAAAUAUGAAAUAAACAAGCAUAUUACUUUAA